CCAAUGGACUGUGAUAGUCUCGUCAGUUUUUGUCUUUACUCGAUUUGACAGUAGUUUGACAUUUAUGUUCAAUUUAAUCUCCAAGUGAACAUUUUUGAUAACUCCAAUAGAGUACUUGGAUUAUUGUUCGAAGUAAUUGAUAAUAUGGAAAACAGUGCAGACAAAGAAGAACAAGGCAAUCAGGAUGACUCGGAUUCAGAAGUAGACGAGAUUGAACCUAGGUUAAAGUACAUUAGAAUGCGAAAUGAUCUGGAACAGAUUUUACAAAAUGAUGCUGCCAGCUGCAUCGCUGUACAUACAAAGUUCCUAUGCCUUGGUUCACAUUGGGGCAUGAUCCACCUUCUUGACCAUCAGGGUAAUAAUAUACAAUCGAAAACGCUUCAGGCGCACGCAGUUGCUGUCAAUGAAAUAUCUAUAGAUCAAAAUGGAGACUAUAUUGCCUCUUGCAGUGAUGAUGGAAAAGUUUAUAUUUAUGGACUAUAUAGUUCUGACGAUAAUCUCAAUAUGAGCAUGGGUAGGCUUGUAAAAAGUAUAGCGAUUGAUCCAAAAUAUUACAAAAGUGGUAGUGGCAGACGGUUUAUUACAGGUGAUGACAAACUGGUUUUAUACGAGAAGACCUUUCUGUCACGUGUGAAGCCUGUUGUUCUCUGCGAGGCCGAAGGUGGUGUCAGAUCUACAGCAUGGGCUGGAGAAUUUGUAGCUUGGGCAUCGGACAUUGGUGUCAGGAUAUAUGACUUAAAUGCAUGCUGUUCCUUAGGACUUAUUAAAUGGACUCGAUCGGCAGAUGCUUUACCAGAGCACUACAGGUGUAACCUUCGAUGGUCGGGUGAUAGGACAUUACUCAUCGGGUGGGUAGAUACUGUUCGUGUCUGUCAAAUAAAAAAACGACUCAUGCAGGACAUUACAAAUCGAGACUUGCCUGAGUACUUCGUGGAUCCAGUGUCAACGUUCCAAGUUGAUUUUUACAUAUCCGGUAUUGCCCCGCUUGAUAAUCAAUUGGUUCUGCUGGGUUGUUCAAAGGAAUUGGAUGAAAAUGGCAAAAGUCAGCGUCCAACCUUGCAAGUCAUCGAACCAAAAUAUCAGGACUUCUCCGAGAUUUGUGCAAAUUCUCUCACGCUGCGUGGCUAUAAAGAGUACGGAUGUAACGAUUAUCAUUUAGAUUGUUUGGUCCACGAAAACAGAUUCUUCAUAGUGAGUCCGAAAGAUAUCGUCAUUGCCAGUCUGUACGAUGCAGAUGAUCGGAUUGAAUGGUUGCUUGCUCAUAAAAAGUUUGAAGAAGCUCUGGAAGCCGUGAUGACCAACGACGGUAAAGAUUGUAAAAAGCACUCUUUGAUAUACGUUGGUCGAAUAUAUCUGGAUCACCUUUUAAACUCUGGCAAAUACGACGAAGCCGGUAAGCUGUGUUUGAAGGUUUUGGGUCGGGAUAAGAAGCUCUGGGAGGAAGAGGUGUACAAAUUUGCAAGAGUUCAUCAACUGCGUUCAAUCUCUUCAUACCUUCCUAGGGGUGACGUUAUCUUGGACCCUAAUGUUUAUGAAAUGGUACUCUUCGAGUAUCUUAAUAUGGAUCCUGAGGGCUUCUUGCACCUCGUAAAGGAAUGGUCACCGAAACUGUAUAACGUUGCUGCGAUAGUAAAUGGUGUUAUUGAUCACAUCAUCCAAAACCCUCAUCAGACUGCUCUCCUAGAAGCUUUAGCUAUUCUGUACAGUCACGAAGGAAAAUACGAUAAAGCUCUAGCUAUGUACCUGAAACUUCGACAUAAGGAUGUGUUUCAACUAAUUCAGAAACAUCAGCUCUGCUCUUCGAUCCAUGACAUGAUCGAGGGGCUCAUGAACCUAGAUGCAGAGAGAGCGAUACGGUUCUUCCUGGAGAAAGAUAGAAUCCCAUCGGACGUUGUUGUCGAAAAGUUGAAAAACAAUCAUUGGUACCUAUACAUGUAUUUGGAUGCUCGAGACAAAACGGACACGAAAGAUUCAAAGGGGAAAUACCAUGGACUUUUAGUUCGCCUCUAUGCCGAUUACUCCAGAGACAAAUUACUACCAUUGCUUAGACGUUCGGAUAAUUAUCCAAUACAACAGGCUCUGGAUAUUUGCAGUCAAAGGUACUUUUAUCCAGAAAUGGUUUAUCUCCUGGGCAGGAUUGGCAAUACCUCAGAAGCAUUAGCGCUUAUGACUCGAAAACUCAAUGACAUGGAAAGUGCUAUUGCUUUCUGUCAGGAACACGAUGAUGAAGAACUCUGGAACGAUCUGGUUAAUUACUCUUUGGAUAAACCAGAGGCAAUUACGUUUCUGCUUCAGAAAAUAGGAACGUAUGUAGAUCCUAGGUUAAUAGUACAGAAAAUAGAACCGUCGUUGGAAAUACCUGGCUUGAAGAAAGCGCUCGUCAAAAUGAUGAGGGAUUACAACCUUCAGGUAUCUGUGCAAGAGGGGUACAAAAAAAUCUUGUCGAGUGACUAUUUUAAUCUACAUGAUAGACUCGUUCGAUCCCACCAAAAAGGGAUUUUUAUGGAUGACGAUCAGAUGUGUGGCGCGUGUCAACGUAAGAUCAUCGUGAGAGAGCCACGGAAUCUAGUCAUAUUUUAUUGCAAACAUUCCUUUCAUGAAGAUUGUUUACCGAAUUUAAAAUUGUUGGAUAACUGUGUGAUAUGCAAUCCACAAAAGGACACCUCACCGGGUAGAAAAUGAUACAUACAAUGCAGAUUAUCUGUGCUGGAACUGAUGACCUUUGAUCCACCAGUGCUACCGCCAAUAUUCAUUGAUGAGAUUACAUGAACGAGGAAUUGCCUGUCACACCUUCCGAUGCUUUCCACUGAUAUAGAGUAAUCACCAACAGGCUUUGAGUCUGUCAGUGAAUUGUCCUUUAAAUAAAUUAUUAAUUUCUCUUUGAAGCACAGGGCCUUUCGCAUUGACUUGUCUGUAAAAUUUAUAUUAUUGUGUUACUGAGUGUUCAACAAAAAUUCUCUUAAGUUCAUAUUUCCUUUUCUCUGUAUAUUUCAAUGUAAAUAUUUUAAUGUUUCCGUAUUGAUGACAGGUCUUAUUUUUAAUACAUUUGACAAGUUCUGCAGAGUUAUGAUAUCACCAAGUCACUUUACUUGCAAUGAAUAGGUACGUAACCAGUUUAAUACUCCUUGUUGAGUUAAUUAAAUAUACAAAUGUAAAUAUGUUUCUAUUGUGUUAUACUGUAAGCAAUAACGUAUUCGUAUCUGACAGUUAGUGCUACAUAUUUAUGUUUCUAAGCAUUGUUGAACUAGAGCAAUUAAAAAAACUUUUUUUACAAUAAAAAUAUU